GGGGACAAGGACAGCUGAGAAACAUUGAAAUGGAUCCGAUCAGUGUUUAUACAGUACACACAGGUCUCUGAUCUUUUUCUGGACUAUCAGUGGACUACAGAGUGCUGCACAGUGGUUUGUCACUCUGCCCAACAACCACCAUGAAGCUCAAGCUGCAGCUGCUGCUUCUUGUCUUCUGUGCCUUCAUCAUACCUGCACAGUUACUACCACACAAGAAACACGACGAGCAUGGCAAAGAUGAUAAAAAGGUGAAACCAGGAGAGAAACCAGAACAUAAACCAGGACAUAAGCCAGGAGAAGGACCAGGACAUAUACCAGGAGAAGGACCAGGACAUAAACCAGGAGAAGGACCAGGACAUAAACCAGGAGAAGGACCAGGACAUAAAAAAGGAGAAGGACUAGGACAUAGACCUGGAGAAAGACCAGGUGAGAGGUCAAGAGAAAGAGGCCAUGAACUUGACAAGAAGCCCGAAAAACGAAGAGGAAGAGUAGAGGACUUGCUGGCUGACUAUGAUGACUCUGAUGAUAGCAGAGAUGAUGAUGAUGAGGGAAGGGGAGAGUGGUUGUUUGAACUUCAGGAUGUCAGAGGCAGUUGCACCCCAAACCCAUGCCUCAAUAACGGAAUGUGUGAGCAGAAGAAAGGAGGGAGAUUCAAAUGCAAAUGCCCCAAAAACUUCGGAGGCAGGAGGUGUGAGAAACGUGUGAUGAUUUGCAAAAGGGACACUUGUGGGUAUGGACAAUGUGUUCUGACAUUAUCUCCACCUUUCUACGAGUGCAAGUGCAAACCACCUUUCAAACCUCCAAACUGCAAAUCAAUUGCCCCAUGCGAAUCUAACCCGUGUCUGAAUGGAGGGUCUUGUGUUAAGGAUGGGCAAGACUUUGACUGUGUCUGCAAAGAAGGUUUCACUGGAAGAUUCUGCCAUGUUGGCCCUGAUGACUGCUAUGAGGGAGACGGAGAGUCAUACAGAGGGAUGGUGUCCGAGACAGACGAUGGAGACGACUGUCUCUUCUGGCAUUCCCACUUUAUUCUGGGUAAAGGAAUAAACCCCUUCACUACAUACGAGGAUGCUCAGGGUCUGGGUCCUCACAACUUCUGCAGAAACCCUGAUGGUGAAUCAAGGCCAUGGUGCUUCAUACGUUUAGGAAAGAAGCUAAGAUGGGAUCACUGCAAUGUGAGGAAAUGUUCAACCAACGAGACCUCCCCCACUUCCCCUCCGAAACCCAAACCCACUACAGUUAAACCUGCUGUCAUUAGACCUCUUGAGAAGACCACCCCUGUUCCUUCACACCCAACACAGCCCAUUCCAACCCAUCUCCCAGAAAUCCAUGUCCCAGGAACUCAUCCCCCUGUAAACAUUACCCCAGAAAGCCAACCCUCAGCAGGCCCUGCCUUAGAAAGUGCUCUCCCAGGAACACCUGCCCCCCAACUGGAGGAGUAUUUUGCAGCCUGUGGGAAACCCCAACCCAAAAGGCCAAUGAAUCGUAUCUAUGGGGGUCUAAAGGCACUUCCUGGAGCCCAGCCAUGGCAGACCUCUGUACAGAUCAGACAGAAAGGCACCAGCCUACCCUUCAAACACGUCUGUGGAGGCAUCCUCAUCAAGCCGUGCUGGGUGAUGACUGCUGGACACUGUAUUGACAAAAGACAGGAAUUCCGGGUGAUUCUGGGAAGUCUGGACUUGGGCAAGAUUGAGGCAUCACAGCAAGUGGUGGAGGUCGUGGAAACCAUCGUCCAUGAACAGUACAGAGAAACUCUGGAUGGAGUCUACAAUGAUAUAGCUUUGCUGAGGCUGAAAGACAAAAAUGGGAAGUGUGUGCAAGAGAGCCAGUUUGUAAAGACGGCCUGCUUACCCACAGAGGCUCUCCCUGAUGGGACUGAGUGCACCAUCUCUGGAUGGGGAGCCACUCCACAGUCGCAAUACGGCUCCAGUCAGUUGCUGGAUGCUGAUGUGCUGCUGAUCUCCCAGGAAAUUUGCUCCAGCAAUAAAGUGUAUGGGAAACUCAUAGAUCACAGCAUGUUCUGUGCUGGUUACCUGGAGGGCGGAGUGGACUCGUGCCAGGGUGACUCCGGCGGGCCCUUGACCUGCGCGAGGAACCAGACACACUACGUCUAUGGCAUUGUUAGCUGGGGAGACAGCUGUGGAGAGAAGAACAGGCCUGGAGUUUAUACCCGUGUCACUCACUUUGUGGACUGGAUCAAUGCAAAAACAGCCAGUACACCCAGUACAGGUGCUUAAAUGUCUGGAAAGUGCCAUUCUUUAUCUGAGAACUGAGCUGAAAAGUAAUAAGUCAUGGAAGUGUGUUUUCAUUGUUUGGCCUAACAGCUUCAGACCUGUCCUUGUGGUAAACCUUUGUUAGAAAUCAAGCCCAAGAGUUGCAUCAAUGCAAAGCUAUUAAGUGUUUGAGUGAAAAAAGUACAAAGACUAUUUGUUCAAUAAACUAAUAAAGAGUGAAAAGUACUUCAUUUUGGUUUUUGCAA